AUAGGCGUAGCCAAAGGCUUCCAACCCCCAGCUUGUAAACACUUGUCCACACCAAGCUAUGCAGAAGUGCUUGUAAUCCUAGAGACUGCAAUCUGCUUACAUCCCCUAGUCCCAGUCCAAGAUUUACACAUAUAUACUGCAUAUAAGAAGCUCCAGUACACAUCAGGUUGUCACAGAUUAUUGUUGUUCUCAGGAAACAGGAUUGACAAGAAGGAAUCUCCCUUCCACAGGCUGCUGUCUCGUAUGUGACUGGUUAUUCCUCAUUAUCUGGCAGUCUAGUGUCAUCGGGGAAUAUGGCGAAGUGGCAGAUGUACACAUGUGGCACCCUGUCUUUAUUUCUGCUCCUCGUCAGCAUUGUGCUACUGGUGGCCCACACCUUCAUGGAGAUGGUAGAAACCAAGGUCAAGAAGGCCACAGUACUGAAAAAUGGAACAGAAGCCUAUAGUGCGUGGGCUGAUCCUCCUCCUCCCAUCUACAUGAAGUUCUACUUUUUUAAUGUUACUAACCCACUGGAGGUCUUGGAUGGGGAGAAGCCUGUUGUUGAUGAAAUUGGACCUUAUGUUUACCGUGAGUAUAGACCUAAAGAGAAUAUUGUGUUUCUUGAAAAUGGAACAGAGGUGUCAGCUGUCAACCCAAAAACAUAUGUUUUUGAUUCUAUUCUGUCUAAGGGGAACCCAAGUACUGACUUAAUCCGAACUGUCAAUAUUCCUGUUGUGACACUGCUGGAGAUGAUCUUAAAGAACAAAUACGUUGACUUAUUAAGACCUAUAAUUGAAGGAGCACUGAAGACUUACAAGGAAGGAAUAUUCACCACUCGAUCUGUUCAUGAAAUGCUAUGGGGCUACAAUGACCCACUUCUUUCCUUGGCUCAUAAAGUGGAUACCAACAUCAGUGAGACGUUUGGGUUGUUCAACAAUAUGAAUGCAACAAAUGAUGGGACAUAUGUAGUUCUCAGUGGAUCAAAGGGAUACAUGGAUUUUACUCGGAUCGUGGAAUGGAAAGAUAAAAGAAAUCUAUCAUGGUGGUCUUCAGAUACAUGCAAUAUGAUUAAUGGCACAGAUGGGACCUCUUUUCACCCAUUGAUAGAUAAAAAGGACAUUCUUUACAUGUUUUCAUCAGACCUGUGCAGAUCUUUGUACGCACUUUAUGACUCCACAAAAAGUGUAAACGAUAUUUUAGCCUUCCGUUUUGUCCCACCUGCAAAGAUUUUUGCUAAUGUAACUAUCAAUCCUGACAAUGCUGGUUUCUGUGUUCCCGCUGGAAACUGCCUGCCAUCUGGACUGCUGAAUGUCAGCGAAUGCAAACAAGGUGCUCCCAUCAUUCUCUCAUCUCCCCAUUUUUACCAAGCGGAUAAAUCGGUAAUUAAUAGCAUAGAGGGACUGAGUCCUAACCAGAAUGACCAUGAAACCUUCCUGGAUAUCAAUCCGCUUACUGGAAUAUUACUGAGGGCUGCCAAGAGAAUGCAAGUGAACGUCUACAUAAGACAAAAUCCUAAAUUUAGUGCCACAAAAAAUAUACAGACUCUCUACUUUCCAGUGAUGCACCUAAGUGAGGCGGUUAUCAUUGAUGACGACUCUUCUGCAAAACUGAAGACCAUACUGUGGAAGGCCAGAGUGGUAGCCAAUGUUCCCUUCAUCAUUAUGGGUCUAGGCAUUUUUUUUGGUAUAAUAUUCGUUAUUCUGGUAUGCCGUCCACAUAGAACAAGGGAACAGGGGACAGAAGAGGAAACGGCAAAUCUUAUCAGAACCUAAUUCAAGAAGGUUUUUCAUAUACAAAAAAGAAACUAUGCAAAAUGGUUACGGAUUGCUCAGAUUGUGAAUUGGAGACAUUUUGAAAGGAGCAGAGCAAAGACGAGCCAGAAUAUGCUGUGCGGUAGACAUGAACCAGCACCGUUACGAUGAUAUUGUUUUACCAUUAAGGUGAAAUAACAAGCACAUUUUACUUAAUUCAGCUCUGUGGUUUGCCAUUAUGGACUAUUUAAUUUGCUAAUGUUUAUGUCCAAUUAGUGUAAUGACAUUACUGAUGCAGUUAAUACAGUAAAACCUUGGUUUGUGAACAUAAUUCGUUCCAGAAACAUGCUUGUAAUCCAAAGCACUUGUAUAUCAA